AGUAUUUUACUCGGCUUUUUCUUUUUAGGGUCUUAAGUAAUACAGUGAGCUUAGUGUGAAUUUUUUAACGUCUCGAUAGUGUAAAAAUUAACUCGAAUCUGUAUGCAGUUGGAAUAGCGCCCCUAGCAGCAAACGUAAGCAAACGUUCGAACUCCAUACAAAUCUGUAUGCUUAGUGCGAGUUUCUUAACGUUCUCGAUAGCGUAAAAGUUAAGCCAAUUUUGUAUGCAGUUGAAACAGUGCCCCUAGCGGCAAACGUAGGCAAACGAUCCCACUCCAUACAAAUAUGAGCUAACUUUUACGCUAUCGAGAAUGUUAAAAAACUCGCACUAAGCAGUACUAAGCACACAGAUAUUAUCCAACUGAAAACUCCUAAGUGCAACAAAAGAGACACCCCAAGCUAAAUUUAGGUGAAAACCAAAGAAAACGCAACGCUACAGUGAGUCGAGUUAAUUGAAGUGUCGCAUCCAAUUAACUGAAUCUGAUAAUGCGAAGUAUUUCGAUUUUAAUUCGGUGGAGAUUUAAAAAUAACAUUGAUCGAUAUUUAUUAUGUGGUCUGGUACUCGUUUGAAUGGAGAGCUCAGAUGUCGAUUGAGGUAGCUCCAAAUGGAGGAUAAUUAAUAAAUUAAUUAGUCAUUAAUAAGCAAAAAUUAGCGGCUUUAAACGUGUUUCUUUGUUAAUUUUUAGAUCAAACACUCGUAAUAUUUAUAUAAUAAUAAUAAUAUUAAUGAUAACAGCUUUUUAAUUUUUUCUAUGUGAGUGGACGGACGUAUUUACGGCCACAAAAAAAAAUCACAAACUGGGUUUUUUUUGUAAGCAGAAACUAUAUUAGUAUCACGUGAAGUUACAAUUUUAUAGAGUAAAAUCUUGUACCUACUAUUUUUGUAAUACGUUCUACCUUAUCACCGGGACAAAGUACAUUCAAUUCUAAAACAGUAGUUAUUAAGAAAGAACAUAAAAAACUACUUAGUCAGUAGUCACAAUGAGUGUCGGCGUCUGCGAUGACCUUACAUUAUAAAGAAUAGAGGUUUUACAUUAACUACAAUAGCAUAGUGUUAAAUGGUAGAUUACGCGUACACAUCUCAGUGGCUCCGACACAACUUACAUUCUAUGACACAAAACAACUGAAUUGAAUCAUGUGAAUCAUAAAUCAGUACAGGCCACGCGCUCGCGCACGCAACACGUAUACAAAAUGGCGGACGAAACUAAUAGCCUCACAGUAUGGGACGAAUUAACUAGCCCUCUCAAUCUAGUCCUUAUCGGAGUUAUAGUGUACCUUAUCUACAAAAUCAUUAAGUCGAAUUUCGAAUCUGAAGCUAACGUGCCUCCGCCGCCGCCGCCGUUGCCAAAGUUGAGGAAAGACCUAACUGUUGCCGAGUUGAAGAAAUACGACGGAACUCAGCCUGACGGAAGAGUUCUUUUGGCUGUGAAUGGAAUUAUAUUUGAUGUUACUAGAGGCAAGAGAUUUUAUGGACCGGGAGGCCCAUACUCGGCGUUUGCUGGUAAAGACGCCACAAGAGGCUUAGCCACAGGGCAGGUUGCUGCGUCAGAAAACGAUGAAUACGACGAUGUUAGCGAUCUGGGUUCAGAUGAAAUAGCUUCAGCCAAAGAAUGGGAAGAGCAGUUUAGGGAAAAAUACGACAUAGUUGGUCGCCUCCUCAAAUUGGGUGAAACGCCAAAAAAUUACAGUGAUGAUGAGAGCGAAGACAAAAAAUCACAGUAAGCAAAUUCGUGGUAUUGACGUUUGACAAAUGUGUCAGUUUCAUUUUAACACUGGGGUAAGUGUCGCGUAUCGCUAGGAACGGGGUAAUUAGGUAAAAGUUUUGAAAUGUUAAAUAAAUAUUUUUUUCAUAA